AUGCCAUCUUAUUUUUUCCACCUCUUCUUUGAUCUUCACAGCCCUACUUCACACAUAGCUCGUUCCUUGCCGGAACUCUCAGAGCUCUCAGUAACCCAGUUGUCUUCUCUACUGGCCUGGAUUCCGCCCCCAGGAACGAACAUCUUUGCUACCACGCUCCCCCCUCACCCCCCACCCAUCGCUUCCGACAAAAAGGAAGUGUCUAAACUGAUUGCACCACAGGCGGAAACCAGUCGUAAUAAGGCGAAGGAAACACAAUCAACCGAGAUCCCACCACCUAGUACACACGAGCAGUUGGAUUGGCGCUUUGGGAAGAUCGCGGUGGAGUCUAUAGAUAUGGGUUCUGAAGAGGCCCCGGUUUCAGGGGUCCAGAGCGGACCUGCACAACGGAGAAAAUCUUCUGCAGCUUCUGCGCCUCUUGCCGGUGGAACUGCUGCGAAAGCUCAUUUUGUUCCCUUGGAGUCUAGGAAUACAGAAUUUGGAUAUGGUGUGGUGCAUCUUUACCGCGAUGUUCUCGAGACGCCGGGUCUUUACACUGCAGAUUUAAAGAAGAAAGGGAAGGAAGAUACUGGCGAGCUUAUAGAAGAAGAAGAUGAUGAUGCUCUCACUACCGUUGCCAUCCUUGCGGUCCCAUCGUAUAUGACUCCAUCUGAUUUUAUGGGGUUUGUUGGCGAGGAGACGAGAGAUACCGUGAGCCAUUUUAGAAUGAUAAGGACCGGAAAGGCAAAUCGUUAUAUGGUGCUCAUGAAAUUCAGGCACAAAGAGGACGCAAAAGUAUUUGUGACUGAAUUUAAUGGAAAAGUUUUUAAUAGCAUGGAGCCCGAAAACUGCCAUGUUGUCUUUAUAAAAUCAAUUCAGUUUCAAAAACCUUCUUCAAACAACCAAGCUUCCUCUGUCGCCUUUCCUGAAAUCUCAAACGACCCGUUUUUUCCUUCACAAGGUCCUAGACCGGCAAUUCCAGCUGUUGCCGCUUCCUCUUUGAUUUGUGGAAAUCUUGGUUGUGGCCGCUAUGAUGAUGCCCACGCCUUUGAACAUUACAAGGAGACAUCCCACUGCUACGCUAUGGACAUCGAGACCCAACGUGUAUGGGACUAUGUGGGCGACGGAUAUGUCCAUCGUCUCAUACAAAACAAAGCGGAUGGCAAACUAGUCGAGCUUCCUUCGGCACUUUCCGUUUCCCAAAAUCCAGACUCUCCUGGUAAUGGGGGCGACUAUGUUCCUAGAGAGAAAUUGGAUAAUAUCGGCAUGGAGUACACAUACCUUCUUACUAGUCAACUCGACAGUCAGCGCCUUUACUUUGAAGAAAAGGUUGCACAGGCGGCCGACAAAGCGUCUGAAGCCGCGCAUGCCGCUGAAAAGGCAGUUGCAGAAUCUAGAGAAUUCAUGAAAGAGCUAAAGGAGCUCAAGUUAAAACACAGCGAAGUGACCCAGGAGCUUCUUCCCCUGGCAGAGCGAGGAAAAGAGCGAGCCGAAAGAAAGGCCGAGAAAUUUGGAGAGAUGGCCAGAAGGAUGGAGAAGGAAUGGAAAGAAGAGAAGGGGGUGAAUAGUGGGUUAAUGGAGAAAAUUCAAUACUUGACGAAAGAGAGCGAGGAAAGAAAGAAGGAAAAUGAGGACCUAAAAGAGCAGAUCAGAGACUUGAUGUUUUUCUUGGAGACAAGAGAGAAAAUGGAGAAUCAAGGGGAGGAGAUCGUUGAAGGUACUGUUACCGUUGGUGAUGCGCCGCCGCCCCCACGAAAUAAAAAGAAAGGCAGGGGUAAAAGGUAA